AUGACGGCAACGUCAGGCCAGCAGCAACAAUCAUCCUCCUCCUCCACGCAUGGCCUAAGCGAACAAUCGAACCUCGAAGCGGGGCAGCCACAUGCUGUCCGCUUUGCGUCGGUCAACCAAGAAAUAGAACCGGAUCGGUCGCUCCAAUCCCCAAGUUCGGAGAAAGAGGCACCAACUGCCCCAGUUGCUGCCAAUGGGGAUGCCAAUGCCAAAGACAACAUUCGCUCGUUAGCUCUCAACCUACAAGAUACUCGUCUGCAAGAGUCGCGGCUACGUCAUUUCGCUUUCGAGCCUGUCUCUUUACCUGCAUCAAGAGUCAAUUCUCGGGAUACCUCUAGUCUCGGUGCUUCUCAGGAUAACACUGUCUCUGGCAACAAUUCGCCGCGUAUAACCCCUGCGGCGUCUCUCAUGCAGUCGCCUCCGUUGACGCCUGCUGCCACGCACUCGCGGGAAAGCAGAUCUAGCGACAACAGCGUUCCCACCUCAAUUCAGACAGACAGUCACUCAAAGAAAAAUGAAGCAUCCGCAAUCACUCCCCCGUCGUCAGAACCCGUGUCAAACUCGAAUUCGGGCAACCCUCCUGCGUCGUCCACUGCUCCAACAAGCGCACCUUCAUCACGUCCAACUUCCUCCGAGGCACAUGCCGAUCGAACCGCUCAGCCAGGAGCUUCCACGCGAGAGAAAGGACGAGCACAGUUCUUCCUUGCUUCUUCUGUAGACGGUAGUCCGCAAGAUGAAAGUCCGCCAAUGACCCCGAGACACGAGUACGGCUGGACUACACCUCCAGGCGGGGCCUCUGGAACAAUGACUCCCAUCGGUGAACCGAAUGACCCAUAUGCCCGAAAUAAGCGGCCUCUUCCGAACAGAAACCUUUCACAGUUGGACCAACGGUUCAUCUUCAAUGGACUCGACUCAAAACGCCGGUCCCAUCAUUCUACAAAUUCGUACGGUACGACUGGUGGACAAAGCUCCGUUAGCAAUAAUGAUUUGAAGUCGGCGGGCGAAAAGCGAUCUUCUUUCUUUGGAGGGAACAAAAAAGAUCAUGGUCACCGCCACCAAGAUAGUCUGGAUGGGAAAAGUCAUGGGUCAAUGGUUGAGUUGAAGAGAUUUUUCCGCAUGGGACACAAAAGCAAACGUGGAGAGUCGCCGUCCGGGGCCUCCAAGAAAUCGGCCAAGUCUUCAUCCAGCGAAAAGAGCAACACUCAUCAGAUGGCACCGACAAGUGUUCCUUUCGCUGAUGAUCACGGCCUCCAGUCAAGGUAUGGGAAACUGGGUCGGGUUCUCGGUUCGGGUGCUGGUGGCUCUGUGCGGCUAUUGAAGAGGAGCAGCGAUGGUGUUACAUUUGCAGUAAAGCAGUUUCGAGAUCGCCAUACUUGGGAGACGGAGAAGGAAUACUCUAAGAAAGUUACUGCCGAGUUCUGCAUCGGCUCUACGUUACAUCACGGAAAUAUCAUCGAAACACUUGAUAUCAUUCAAGAAGGAGGUCAUUGGUACGAAGUCAUGGAAUACGCUCCAUAUGACUUGUUCGCAAUUGUUAUGACGGGCAAGAUGAGCAAGGAGGAAAUUGCCUGUUCUUUCAAGCAGAUCGUGAGCGGUGUAUCCUAUUUGCAUGCAAUGGGACUAGCUCAUCGAGAUCUUAAACUGGACAAUGUCGUUGUCAACGAGCACGGUAUUAUGAAGCUGAUUGAUUUUGGAAGUGCCGUUGUUUUCCGGUAUCCUUUCGAAAACGAUAUUGUUCUAGCUUCAGGCAUCGUUGGUUCCGAUCCAUACCUUGCACCAGAGGUAUAUGACGAGAAGAAGUACGAUCCCAGACCUACAGACAUCUGGUCUCUAGCCAUCAUUUUCUGUUGUAUGACUCUUCGACGCUUUCCUUGGAAGCAACCUCGUGUGACAGACAACUCGUACAAGCUGUUUGUUUCACCACCAACUCCUGGUACCCCUGUCCCUGACUCACAACCACGACGCACCGAGCGUCCUAAAUCAACCGCGGAUCUCCCAGCUAUGGCAACUGAGGCUGGCGCUGUUACUCCUCACUCUGAUCAUCACCGAAAUCACCACCGUCAUGGAAGCCACCAUACCCAUUUCGCAAAAUCAGAACCUGUCACACGCGAUGAACCGCCAGCAACCAGCUCAACCAAGACAAGCCCAACCCAGACACAGCAAUCUCAACCGCAGGGAGCACAUGAGGCCUCCUCCACACAAGCUCCUCCCCAUGCACAGGCUACGAGUGAUGUUGUCGAGAAGCCGAAAUCUCGCGAGACCACUAGCAAGGAGGCACCACCAUUACCGGCGGGCUCAAGCACUGGACAGCGUCAAGAGGUCAUCAAGGGGCCGUGGCGGUUGCUGCGAAUCCUACCUCGAGAAUCUCGUUACAUCAUUGGUCGUAUGCUGAAAGUGAAUCCCAGAGAGCGAGCCACACUCGAGGAAGUCCUGACCGAUGAUUGGAUCCAGCUCAUCCAAGCCUGCCGACAGGAUGAUCUUGGCGCUGUCAUCAAGGCAAAAAAUCAUACUCAUGUAUUAGAGCCACCAUCAUCCAGUGUCGCGGUGGCCAGCAAGGGCAAGUAG